AAUGCAUUCAAUUAAAAUAUAAUUAAGCGAUGAACCUGAGCUGUCAGGAGUGUGCUAGGCUUUGUUAUAAGCAUUCACUGAGAAUUCUCGAGUAUUGCGACAUUGUUCAGGAGGAGGCAAUUAAACAUAAACACAGAAUAAUUUUGGAGAUCAUUAAUUAGAGUCUGAUAUCUAGUGUGAAGUGAAUAUCAAUAGGGAAUUAUAGAAGUCUGGAUUUGUGAGUCAUAGUGCAAACGAAGAGAGUCCUGAAGUAAGAAGAAUGAUUAUAGUGUAGAUGAAACAACAAUGUGAAGGAGGUAGAUAUAUUGUGACAUUUGAUCCAUUGGAUGGAAGUUCAAUAAUUGGCACCAAUUUUACAGUAGGUACCAUAGCUGCCAUUUGGAAAUCAGAUGAUAGUCUAUUGAUAGGGAAGAGUGGAAGGGAUAUAGUAUCUGCUUGUUGUUGUUUGUAUGGGAGUAGAACAACUGUAAUCAUUUAUAAUCAAAAAGAAGAUAAAGUUUAGGAAUACACGUUAUUUGGUAAUAAUAAUUUAGUAAACAUUUAGAUAGUGAUAAGCAAGGACAUUGGGAAUUGACAAAAGGAAACAUACAAAUAAAAUAGAAGGGAAACAUCUUUAGUCCUGGGAAUCUGCGAAGUAUCAUUAAUCACAAUGCUUAUCGAGAAGUGCUUGAGUAUUAUUUUCAUAAUGGAUACACUUUGAGAUAUACAGGCGGAAUGGCUCCAGAUAUCUGUUAAAUAUUCUUAAAAGAGAUUGGGGUUUUUUCUCUUUUUGGGGAUGCCAAAAACCCUUGCAAAUUAAGAUAUUUAUAUGAAUGUGCUCCAUUAGCAUUUUUAAUCGAAAAGGCUGGUGGGAAAUCAUUCAAUGGGGAGUCCUCUGUAUUAGAUACAGUGAUUAAUGGAUAUGAAUAAAAGAGUGAAAUAGCUGUCGGGAGUGCUGAGGAUAUUGAGUUCUUUAGAUAAGUAUGGAAAAAGCAUGGAUUAUUGAAAAAUUGAUUGUGAUGACUUAAUUAUAUUGAUAAUGAUUAAAUUGUAUGUAUG